CUUGCAUUCCUGCCAGGUAGCGACGUUAGGAACAGAUGGCGUUGGUGGCGGGGAGUGGAUCACUGAAUUGGCCGGCUGGGCGGAGGGGAUAGCGGGGGAUCCUCGUUACCAGGCCGGGGACAACAACCGAGUUCCGGGACGGCUCAAGCAGGAUAAAGACUUGCAUGUCCUCUGGCUUGGAAUCAUUCUGAACUAAAAGAAGGACAGGCACUUUCUGAAGGCCUACCGCCUCGGAAUAUAGUUGGGGAUUGAUCCAUUCUCUGAACGAUCGGGAGUGGGAAGCGAUCUGGCUUGCUAGCUAGUCUCGGACACUGUGGACCGCUGGAGAACUCGGAUUCGAAUCGGUGAUUUACCGUUUGAACGGCAUGUCGGGAAGCGAGCUUGCUAGCCAGUAACUUGUUUUGCUUAAUUUCAACUGCAGUAUUAGGACGGAAAAGGGAUUUAAAUGUUCUGUGACGUUAGCCAGUUUAGUUAGCUUAACUAGCUAGAUAAUCGUCUUUAAAUGAAUGUAGCUAGCUUAUUGGUAGGUUAGCUGGAAAGACUACAAUGAUUGAGUUGCCGACUGUAUUAGUUACCAUAUUCAGUAAGUUCUCAAUCGGUUUGAGUGCCUAGAUUGCAUGUCUAGAUUGCUUGCUUAGUUAGUUUGUUCGGAUUUUAAGGUGAAUCGUUCGUAGCUGACUUGAUAACUUCACUGCAAUCAACAAUUUAUCGUUUGCUUUGACGACCGUCAGAUCAGCUCGCGAAAGCUGUAUUGAAGCGUCUUAACUGCACCAAUACCAGCACCAAAUGUGGGUACGAGCACGCCCUCGUAUAGGGAAAGGCAUGUUACUAAUUUUGUAUUAUCAAUCAAGUUAGUUAUUUGAAUUUUAUCUAUUAUUUCGUGUGUGUAAAACUAGUCAUACACUACAUUUGUAUCAGUUUUAGCGUUUCUAUUUUUAAACCAGUUCCAAUUAAGUUAGUGCUCAAAUUGAAUAUCGGUCGCCAUCAAGUUCUUAGUUAAUGUAGGUAGGUGUGAAUAUUGAACACGCUGUACUCUGUUAGCUAGCUAACUGGCUAGCUCGGGAACGGCCACACACUCUUCGAUCCCCAGUGUUAAGACUGUGUGAAGUCAGAAAUGGGGAACACGGUGGCGUGUUGCGUGUCCCCCCGGGGGAGCCCGAAGAUCGCGAGACCACCAGACCGCCAGGAAGACUACCAGGUCAACACCGACCUGAGCGAGGACACCGGCCCGUACCUGCAGCACAUAAGCGACAGAGAGGUGCCAGACGAUUUGGCUCCGGAGUCCAACCCCUCGGACCACGCCCGCGCCAGCACCAUCUUCCUCUGCAAGUCCCAGACGGACGUGCGAGAUAAAAGGAAAAGUAAUCACAUAAACCACGUGUCCCCGGGUCCUCUCACCAAGAAGUACAGCUCCUGCUCCACGAUAUUCAUAGACGACAGCACGGUCAGCCAGCCCAACCUCAAAAGCACAAUCAAAUGUGUAACGUUAGCAAUAUACUACCACAUAAAAAACAGGGACUCAGACCGGUCGCUGGACAUAUUUGACGAGAAAAAGCACCCCCUGUCGAGAGAGCGCGUUCCUGAUGACUACUCCCGCGUGGACCCCGAGCACAAGCUGAUCUACCGCUUCGUCCGCACGCUGUUCAGCGCCGCCCAGCUCACGGCUGAGUGCGCCAUCGUCACCCUGGUGUACCUGGAGCGCUUGCUGACGUACGCGGAGCUGGACAUCUGCCCGUCAAACUGGAAGCGCAUCGUCCUGGGGGCCAUCCUGCUGGCCUCCAAGGUGUGGGACGACCAGGCCGUGUGGAACGUGGACUACUGCCAGAUCCUCAAGGACAUCACGGUGGAGGACAUGAAUGAGAUGGAGAGGCACUUCCUGGAGCUUCUGCAGUUUAACAUCAACGUCCCGGCCAGCGUCUACGCCAAGUACUACUUCGACCUUCGCUCUCUGGCCGAGGACAACAACAUGAGCUUCCCCCUGGAGCCUCUGAGCAAGGAGCGCGCCCAGAAACUGGAGGCCAUCUCCAGACUCUGCGAGGACAAGUACAAGGACCUGAGCAAGGCGUCCAUCCGGAGGUCCUUCAGCGCGGACAACCUGGUGGGCAUCCGGCGUUCCCACGCCGUGCUCUCCUAGGGGCCAAAAAAAGACUACAGCCCCCAGAAUCCUCCCUGACACUGACAGUCAUCUUCUGACCUCUGAACCCAUUCGGAAUACAGGCAGUACACUCCUUUGACCCAGGUCACAUGCCAUUUUUUGCCAGCACCAGAACCUUUGGAGGCUCCUCCCCCAUCUCCACGGUGCAAAGAAAACUAACUUCAUAGAGACUGAAUUGUUGAAAUUGUUUUUUUUUGGUUGUUGUUGCUUACUAUGUAGGCUACUAGCUGUGAACUUUGUCAGUUUUUAAUUGAAAUCAUUUGCAGAUGGAGUAUUUUAAAUAAACACUAACCAUGUAACAAA